UCCUCGUCACUCUCAACCUUUCGCAGGUGUCGCAUCCACAUUCUUUCUACUUUCUCAGUUGAGAAUUAAGGUGAUUCCCACAAACGCUCACGAACACACAGUAGGCUACUGCUGACUGUCACUUCCCGGAUCCAGCGUGUCCAAGUUACUGUGGAAAGUUUCUGAAGUGUGUUGCUGGAGGGAGGGACGGAGGGGGAGCUCUGUGAGCCAACAGCGGCGCCGCUGCACUCACACACGGAUCAGUUCGGGGUUUGAGCUCCGGGAUGUCGGCCGUGAAGGCGCUGCAGCAGUGGUGCCGGGUCCGGUGUGAGGGUUACCGGGAUGUGUCCAUCACAAACAUGACCACGUCCUUCAGGGACGGCCUGGCUUUUUGCGCCCUCAUCCACAAACACAGACCCGAUCUCAUCAACUUUGAUUCACUGAAGAAGGAAAAUGUCUUUGAGAACAACAAGCUGGCAUUCAGGGUUGCAGAGGAGGAGCUGGGAAUUCCAGCGCUGCUGGAUGCAGAAGACAUGGUGGCUCUUAAGGUUCCUGACCGUCUCAGUAUCCUGACAUACGUCUCCCAGUACUACAACUAUUUCCAUGGACGUUCCCCGAUUGGUGGUAUGGGAGGUAUAAAACGUCCAGCUGAGGGCCCCACAGAAGAACCGUCUGGGAAGAAGAACCAGCCGGUCGCAUCUAAAGUGUUUCCCUCUUCCAAACCAGCCAGUGAGAACAGCCCUCCCCCCUCCUCCAACAUCAAAAUGCCAUCUCCUUCCCCAAAACAAACCAGAAAUGCCACACAGGAUGUUGCGGUUGAGAAAUCCCAUCAGGCAGGAACCCUGAAUAACAAAUGUGUGUCCUGUAACAAGCACGUUCACCUGGUGCAGCGACAUCUGGUGGACGGGAAGCUCUAUCACAGGAACUGUGCAAAGUUACUGUCCCCUACAAACACAACUGCAGCUUUCAGAGAUUUACCCACAAACACGCUUGUUUCCAAAUUCACUCCUCUACCAGAUGCCCCCAAAUCCAACACAACUACUCCAGUUCAUACACCCUCGAGACCGGGACCAACAUGUCUGACAGAGAAAUCCAGCAACUCUCCCAGCUUCUCCAGCACCUUUUCUGCUUCGUCUCCUUCCCGGCCUGCUUCAGGUCUCUCUUCUGUAGCUAAAGAAAGUCCGACAUAUGUUGUCUCCAAACCCACAGCUUCAAGGACAACUUGUGCAUCUACCAUCACCACAACUUCUAUCAACACCAGGCCCACUGCUGCUCCUCGUAUGUCAACCACAGCAGCGAAGACAAUGCAGUCCAAGCUGAAGUUCCUCCAGUCAGAUAACGCCACAAAGGAUGAAGACAAAAAGACUACAACCACUAACACUGACAUAAAUAAAAGGCCGAAUGUGACUGGUAAGGUCCAGGAGGCCGCAGCCGGUCAAGCUGUUACUGUGGUUGUGAAUGUUGGUGGUGCUGGUAGAAAGGAAGCAAAUGUGAGCUUAAACACAGGUGCGGAGAGAGGUAAAGCAGCUGGUGUAGGUGGAGAUUCAGGAAAGGCAGGUGACCGUAACACAUCGAAAGCAUCAGCAGCAGCCUUCAUCUCCAAAAAACUGACUGAGGAGAACAACAAUAACAACAGUAAGCCAUCAUGGACGACUGUAGUGCUGAAGAAAACUGACAAACCAUCUCAAGUCGAGACUCCAAAGAGGGAGACAGAGGGUGUCAGAGGGAGAGUGAAGCUGAAAGUUAACCCGGCAAUCCUCGCAGACCUGCAGACUCUUGAGACUCCGGAGACCCCAAACUCUGCUCCAAGCCCGGCCAGCAGGAGCGGACUCAGAGCCAGAACUCCAGACAGAGGAGCCUCAAAGCCUGGCAGUGCAUCACCCAACACCUCAGCAUCAGAGAAUGAGUCUCCUGCGGACUGGAGGUUAAAACUGAAACCCAUCUCUAAAGAAACCAAACCCGCUGGUUCUCCACAGUCCCUUAAACCAUUGGCUAAUGAAGCUGGAAAGUCACAGACUUCAGAGGUUUCUGUUAGGCCUUCUCACUCUCAUCUUCACAGCCCGAGCAUUUCUGUCACGCCGCCUGCAUCAAAGGGAUUUCAGAAUGGUCAAAGAGAUCUAACUGCAAAUGGCAACAAGUCAGAGUCAAAUGUCUCCAAGACAAAGCCAGACUACAUUCACAAAGAGGACAUCAUAAAGGAACUGCAAGACAUCGAAGAUAAUUUGAACGAGCUGGAGAAGAGGGGUGUCGAGCUGGAAAUGAGACUCCGCAGCAGUGAAGAAGACGGUGAAGAUGACUCUCUCAUGGAUGAGCUCAUGGUUGAGUGGUUCAACUUGAUCAGGAACAAGCAGGUGGCCAUUCGCCGGGAGUCUGAACUGGUCUACAUUGGAAGAACCCAGGACCUGGAGGAACAGCAGCCCAGUGUUGAGCAGGAGCUCAGGAGACUGAUGGAAAAACCAGAACAUCUGAAAACAUACUCGGACAGGAAGAGAGAAGAGCAGCUGAUGGCCAAACUGGUGGAGAUUGUCAAUGACAGAAACGCUAUUAUAGAGGGUCUGGAUGAGGACAGACUCAGGGAGGAAGAGGAGGACGAGGAGCUAAACAAGAUGAUGAUGAAUUUCAACAUAAAGAAAGACAAAUCAAAGAAAAAGUCUCCGAUAUCCAAACUGUUCAGUUGGGGGAACAAGAAGGAGGGAUGAUGCUCCGCAAAACACAGCUCUGCCACUUUGAUGUUUUUUUGCUGCUCUUGUUGUAGUCUUAAUGUCAGCGUACUCAGCCUGUGAUUCAUGGGAUAACAUGGAUAGUCUGCGUGUAUGUGUGUGUGUUUGCGUAAAUGUGUACGCUGUCAUUUUAAGCGCUUAUAGAAAAAUGCCCUUCCCUCUGUCAACUGCAUCACUCAAGAUCUGACAUUACUCCUGCUUGCCAGUGACACACACACACACACACACACACACACACACACACGAACGAUGUUGAGGGGUUAAUGACUCACUAGCCGGGAUGUGAUUGGGUUCAGUGCUCCAGUUGUUAGAUUUAAUACCCUUCUAGUCUUAAUCUGUCUACUUAAUGCUGUCAAACACACACUCCUAAUACUCAGCAACACUACAGAUGCUAAUACGAGUUAAAGAACAAAGGUCAGACAGCUGUUUCUUGCUCUCUGGCCAUGUUUUAGUCCACAUUACAAGUCACUUGUGUAACUUUGACUAUGUGACCCUGUUGAUUACAUGCUGAACUGUCAUUUAUAUUUUAAGCUUGAAGGUUUUUCUCAUACAACAACAAUUAUUCAGAGUGUUGCCCUGUGAUAAGGUGACAAGCUUUUUUUUAAAAAAAAAAUCUUUAAUAAGAGUAUUGGGUUUAGGAGUUACGAGAUGGUUCACUGACAAGCUACCUAAAAUGAUGCUAUUUAUUUCAGAAUUUCCAAAAAAAUUUUAUUUUAUUAUUAUGAAUUAUGGGCUAAUUUAAUGUCUGUUUGGGAAGAAAAAAAACCCUCUUUACUUAACUUGUCACAGUUUUAAGACAUGCAACCUCUGAGGGGUCAGAGUCGCAAGUAGACCUAGCUAUAUUUUAAGGGGUUUAAGCCAAAAAGGGAAACACCGUCAUAUGUGCAUACAUCAGUAGGCUGAAAGGUUCACUUACAAAUAAUUUACUGUAGAAUUUAAAACCGCAUAUUUAGGUAUUCAUUUACAGCCAUGAUCCUUGAAGAGAAAUUGAAAUCGGUGAAAAUCUCAGAGUCCUUAGUAAGUGCUCCUUUUAGCUUACAUUCUCUUUACCAUGUACUCCACCAUAUACAAAGUCAUAUAUUUAAAACAGUCAAAAAAUACACUUUUUUGAAUUAUUGCGUAUUUGAUGCUCAAACAUAGUUCCUAGAAAUUCCCUGGAUGUUUCAUACUUUGUGUCAAAGGUAGUUGUGGGUUUUUUUGUUUUUUUUUUAACGGUUGACUAGUGGAAAAGGAAGAAUCUGGUUUAUGUCAUGUGACUCAAAGGUUUAUGUAUUUAAACAAAAACCAAGAGUUGACUGGAUGUUUGAGUCUUAGAGACACAAGAACUGGUCCAUAUUGGAUCUGGACGUGUACAUUUGUGUGUCAUAAUCUGUUACUUGUUAAGUCCUUUUUGGAGAGGCCCUGAAGCAAACUUUUUCAUCUCUGUGUUGUGACCAAACUGCUUAAUUUCACUUAACUAAUUGGUGCUACAUAAAUUUAACAUUGUAUAUAUGUUAAUGUUCUUUUCCCCUUUAUUUUUAUCUCCGCUGUAUAUAUUGUAUAAAGAUGGUACUUACAACAGUCUGACUAUUAAAUGGAGAAACUGGCCUCUGUUUUAAAUAACUGUACUUAAACUUUAAUAAAAAGUCAACAUCA